ACACGCUCUAUUUAUAGUAACCGGGAUAACUCCAUUGAAUGUAAAUAGAUCUAAACACGUUUGCUGAGGGUAGGGCCUUCCUUCAAAACAACUACUACAUGGUGCACCAGCAACGGGGUAGCAUAUCAAACUAGUAAAUUUACUGAGGAUCAAGAAACAGGGAUAAUAGAAUCGUCACCAUGCGCUGGUGCUUCUGCCUGUGUGUCCUUGCGGUGGUCGCCCUGUCUAACACACAAAACCUGGAGAGGGAGACAUGCAACGCCGCCAGAUCGGAAGUGGAUGUAGAGGUCGCUUCAGCAGGAGCGUUAAUAGGGGGUAUUUUCCACAUCAGAGACUCACUAAUGGGAGGUUACACCUGCGGAACUCCACAUACAGAACUGAUACAAGUGUACGAGGCAGCGAAAUUUGCAAUCCAACGUGUUAAUGCCCAAAACAUCGUCCCUGGCAUUAGACUGGGUAUGAAGGCUUACGAUUACUGCGGAUCCUCGUUUUUGGCUGCACGUGCUGCACAGAAGUUUUAUCCUCAGUUUUCCAAUACCCAGCUCUCCUGCACUGAUGGAUCUAAACUUCAUUUAGGAAUCUUGGGUCCUCUGUCCGGUAACACAGAGUCUGUGGCGGAAAUGAUGUCAGAAGUACCAGCAUCUCAGGUUUCUCCACGAAUUGUUCACCCAGACCUCAGUGACAAAACUAUGUAUCCAUAUUUCCUAAGAACGGGACGAAACUGGUUUUCCUUGUCCAGGGUGUUGACGCAAGUGUUAAAGCAAAUGAACUGGACACGCAUCACGUUAGUAUAUGUUGAAUCCGAAAUGGGCAAACUUGGAUAUGAAGAGUUUUCACGACAAGCUCUACAUGAGAACAUUUGUAUAGCUGGCGUGAUGAAAGUCUCCAACGCUGCCACCCAAUCUGACUACGAAAGAGAACUUGCUAACCUUGGUAACGAUGGGGUCAAUGUCGCCGUAUAUAUAGGACCAGGGUCAUCAGCUAUCAAGUUACUGAAGUCAAAUGUCGGUAAACGCGUGCAGUGGGUGAUGGCUGACAUGCUAAGGAUGGUAUCUCAGAACCCACUGAGUACAAGUAUUCCCAACAGCAAAGGUGUAAUUUUUGCUCUGCCAAAAGUUCGCGAGAUCACAGAGUUUGAAAAUUAUUUCGUUUCCCUAUCGCAGACAUCUCCCCCAGCGAAUAACCCGUGGUUUUCUGAUUGGUACAUGACACUCUAUGACUGCAAACUACCUGGAAUAACUUAUGCACCAUAUGCCACGAAAUCGUUCUGCUUACAAAGUACAACAAAGCGUUCCAUAUAUAAGCAAUUACCGUAUGUGCAGUCCACGAUCGAAGGCGUAUAUGCCUACGCCAAAGCUCUGAGGGCAGCGCAGAGGGCUCGUUGUGGGGACCCCUUUAGUGGAGCCUGUGACAGUCUGAGAGCAAUGUCUACUGCUGAAUUCCAUAACAUCCUUAAGAACAUAGAUUUCACUUUCUCUACAAAUGAUGGAAUACCGAGUCUGAACGGACUGAGAGUUAAGUUUGAUGCAAACGGUGAUGUCAUGGAUCAAGAUUUUACGGUUUAUAAUUACAAUAACCGUAUCUCGGCACCAAAUUUCGCCUUUGAAGAGGUUGGAACUUACGAAAAUAAUGUCUUGUCACUAGACAAGACAAAGGUGCGAAUGUACGAUAUUUCUGGUAGAAUUAUGGAUGUCACCUCCUCCUGUCCGGCUGAGGGUUGUUACUACUGUAUGGUACCUCCGAAAUCUUUUGAGUUCUACUAUAAUCCCGGGGAUAUCAACAUAGGUGUGGCCUUGUCGGCGCAUAAUACAGGAAGCGAGAGAUUUACAUGUGGAGACGUCAAUGCCUAUGGCAUGGCCCAAGCACUAGCCAUUCAGUAUGCUGUGGAGAACCUCAGCAUAGACCUACCAGGUAUUCUUAAUGGAGUACGCAUUGGCACAGUCAUGCUUGAUGCCUGCAAAAAUCCCGAUACAGCUUCGCUUUUCUUCAACAAUUUACUUGGAAGUCGAGAGAUUAUGAAAGACAAGUAUGGAAGAAUGGUAGAUCCAAAUUCUAUUAAGGCUAUUAUUGAGGGAUUGACUAAUGCUGGGGCUAUGUCUUUCUCUAAAGCUACUAAGAUGUAUGGAUUGCCACAGGUUGGAACAAUAGCAUCUAGCUCAGCUUUAUCAGACAAAUCAAUGUACCCACUCUUUAGCAGAACGGUUGAGAAUAACUAUAUCCAAUUCAUAGCAAUGACAAAUUUCUUUGUAAGGAAAGGUUGGUAUUAUAUCCAGGCAGUGUACAGUUCAUCCAUGCGCCGUGAUGUUGAUUUGUUGAAGUCAGUGACAUCCGAAUUCAAAAUUUGCAUGUCAGCCGAAUACGAAAUGCAUACAGGCGAAAGUGCAUCACAUAUCCUGGAUAAAGUCAGGUCAAAUUCCAAUGCUAGAGUUGUAGUUAUGUUUCUGGAAAAGGACAGUAUCAGAGAGAUACUUCAAGCCAUUAAAGAUGCGCCAUGGCAGCAACAGUUUGUUAUCGUUGGAGGUGAGUCUUGGGGCAGCGACAAUCUGAACUUGGUAGGACUUGAGGACAUUGCUAAUGGGGUAAUAACUUUCCAGCCACAAAUAGGACAAACUUCAAACUUCCAAAAUUGGAUAAACCUAAAGCAACCAAGAACAGCCAUGAACAUGCCUUGGUUCAAGGAACUGUACGAAAAUGCUUUCCAGUGCUAUGUUGAUGCUUCAUCGAAAGGCAAGUUCACAAACGAGUGUCCGAACCCAGGCCUUGGUAUGUCUAACUCUCCGCUGUACGAGUUCUGGUACCAGAUGACGACAUCAAUUAAUGCUGUUUACGUCACUGCAAACGCUCUUGAUCAAACUUUGAAGCAUUACUGUGGGAUCGGUUACUCUGGGGUUUGUAUUGAAUAUCGCGUGGCGAAAGACUCUAACAAGGUUCUUCUAGAAAAUAUCAGGAAGGCUUCCUUCAGCAUCAGUUCGUCAUAUCAGUUUGCAAUGCACAACGGAGAGGCUGUAUCAGGAAUUGAAAUUAUGAACUACAGACAAGGACAAAAGUAUACCUCGAUUGGAUUAUACAACACGAUGUCAGGAGUUCUCACGAUUUCCGAUAACACUCUUAUUUACCCAAGCACCAUUCAAGCUAGUACAUUUUACUCUAUUUGCCCAGGUAUUUGCGGAGAAUGCUCCUACCUAACCCAGACAAAAUACACGUAUGUACCCGGUGACGUCACAAUUGGAGGUGUGUUCGGAGCGCAUGCUACUAACGCAAUAUACCCCACUUUGUGUGGGGAUAUAAAAGUGAGUUACGGUGUCCAAUUUGGCCUUGCUAUGGAUUAUGCCAUUGCAGCUGUGAAUAAUAAAACAGCUCCCGUAACUUUAAAUGGUAUCAAACUUGGCGGACUUAUUCUUGAUCAUUGUAGUAUUCCUACACGACCCAACGAACUCAUUUCUUACGUGUAUACUCAAAUGGGUUUCCUUUCUUCAGAGGAUAGAAUGAAACUAGACACUUCAAAGGUCAUCGGGUGGAUUGCUGAUGAUACAGCUGCUGUUGAAAGCGCAGCAGGAUUGACCAAUACGUUAGAUGCCCCACUUAUUAGCCCAUUAGCUUCUAGUGCGGCUUUCCAAGACAAGGAGAAAUAUCCAAAUUUCUUUAGAACGAUUCAGGGCGAUGUAACUAUAUCAGUUGCCAUUUCAAAACUCGCAAAAUCUUUGUCAUACAAUUACGUUAAUGUGAUAUAUUCGUCUGACUCUUUUGGGAAAGGAGGAAUGGAAACAUUUGAAGCUGUUGCAACCCAGGAGGAGAUAUGUGUUCUUCAAAAAUAUAUGAUAUCUCCAUCCAUGAAUGCUUCCCAGAUUUUAAAACUUAUCUCGCUAAGCACAAGUUCGGUAACAGUACUGUGGACAAACGGCGCGGACACAACUGCACUUCUAAAGGCAAAGAACAUUAGCAGUGGAGCCUAUCAAAACAUGGUAUUGAUCUUUUCAAUGCCGUAUAUGGACUUGGCAAAGUCGUUUGGGCGUUCUGCUUCUCAAUCAUUUUUCUUCAGCAUUAAAACAAAAGAUUACCCCCAGUACCUAAAAUACCUGGCCUCGUUUUCCAGUGAUGUUUUGUUUGAAAAUUCAUUUUUAUAUGAAUACUACAUGAAACUCUUCGGAUGCAAUCUACCUGGAAGCAACACCUACAACACGCACUGCCGGCAGCCGUACGCGCCUCUUACAUCCGCUCCUGGAUUCGCACAAGACGAUUACGUGAUUCCCACUAUCAACGCAGUGUACUCUCUCGUUGGAGCUUUGGAUGCCGUCCUAAGAGACACAUGUGGACAAAACUACCAAGGGAUAUGUGCUGCCUUUUCCGCCACGCCCGACAUUAACCAAGUGAUCAUGGACAAAAUGGAGAGACUUACUUUUAUAGAUCCUCUGGGAAAUAAUUUUGAAUUCAUUGAUCGCGAGGGAAACAUGGGAAUGGAAGUUAUGUACCUCAACCAGAACGAUGACCUUGCCACGAUUGGCGACUUUGCGGGAGCAUCAUUGCAGCUUGACGUCUUCAUCCGGCCUAAUAAAGUUACAGUUUCUUGCCCACCCCCAUGUCAACAGUGCAUUCAGAAAAAUAUAGAUUUUACCUACAUACCAGGGGACAUUCUUCUAGGAGGUUUGUUUGACGUCCACGAGAACAGCUUGAUUCCCUUCUCUUGUGGUAAUUUAAAUACACAAGGAGGAUUCCAACUGCUCGAGGCUUUCAACUAUGCCAUAGAGAAAGUGAACGACAAAUCCGGUCCAUUCCAAAAUGUUCUCAAGAACGUUAAACUUGGUGGUAUUGGUUUGGACGCCUGUCAAAGCUCGAUACGGAUGGGGUAUCUCGUGUCCGACAUCCACAACGGUGUUAUCACGUUAACGAGAAACGGACAAACAGUCAAUCCAGAUGAUAUCAGUAUGUACAUUGGGGGAGGAUCCAGUGACAGUUCUUUGUACUUGGCGCGUAUUUUAAAAAACCUUAAGAUACCCCAGAUCAGCUACAUGUCCAGCAGUGACUCAUUAUCUGACCAAUACAGGUACCCUUACUUUAUGAGAACAGUUCCGGCCGAUGACAAACAGUCACUAGCAAUGAUUAAAUUCCUAGAUUCGUAUGAUAUUCGAUAUGUUCAAAUCGUGCAUACCCCUAAUGACUAUGGAAAAAUGGGAGCUGAAAAGUUUAAGGUUCUCGCUGCUCAGAAUAAGGUUUGCGUUGCUCAAACGGUGGAAUUUCCAGAUAAUUCAACUGUAACACAGGAAAGUGCAGAUAAAGUUGUUCGAUCCUUGUUGGAGAAACCAGUUGCUAAUAUGGUAGUUGUCUUUGCUGAUGUCAAAUAUAUUCACGAGAUGCUUAAAGCGAUAAAGAGAAAUACUGGAGGAACUGGGAAAUUUAGAUUCAUUGGUUCAGAAACGUGGGGCAAUAAUUACAAUGCUAUUUCAGGUGUUGAAUAUUUAGCGAAAGGUUCCAUCACUCUGACUUUAGAAUCAUCAGACAUUAGGGAUUUCGAUUCUCACAUAGGCUCAAAAUCCCCAGGAAAUUAUCCAGAAAAUCCCUGGUUCCCGGAGUUUUAUGAAGAAAUGGUAAAUUGUUAUCUAACUGUUCCAACCGCAACACAAAAGACGCAAUGUCUCUCCCAAACAAUGAACAUUGUCGCUCAGCGUGAUUACAUUCAAGACCCAGGUAUUCUGCACGUGAUCAAUGCUGUGUUUGCCGCAGCGCAUGGUCUGGAUGAAGUGUUGACGUUAGUCUGUGGUAAGAAUUACACAACAGUAUGCGAACAGUUCAAAAAUAAGCAAGAUCGCCAGGAUUUACUGGUGAAUAAUGUACUGAAGUCUAGCUUCGUCGAUCCCUCUGGGGCCACCUUUAGCUUCAGACAAGACCGUAGAGAUGGAAACAAGGGUUACACACUGUUCGACAUCAAAGAGAGAAUGACCAUGAAUGAGCUAGGAUAUACGUACGAAAAGAUUGGAACUAUCUCUAGUCAAGACGUUUUAAAUGUGGAAACUACAUACAAACCAGACUGGGAUGGCAGCUGUGACAGACAAGGCUCCUGCUCCGAGUGCCCCACAGUUAGAAACUUGUUGCAGCGAUACAUGCUUCAGCCUGCCAAAGCCCAAUCAACAAAUCCAGCCACCCUUUUGGCAGUUUUGCCUAUUCAUAAACCAGGAACGGAUCGAUACCUAUGUGGACAGCUUGAUAUUGCCUCAUUCUACAAUGCUCUUGCAUUCAUAUACACCAUGGAAAUAUAUUUUCCUAGUACGAAAUAUAAUCUUCGUGGACUGAUCGUCGAUAGCUGUUCUAAUGAUCUGAGAGUGGACCAAGAUAUUUAUAGUUUGUUUUCCAGUGGGCGUCUCUGCAACACAGAAUUCACAUCUGACGGGGAAAUCAGUAGUAAAACUCUUGCUGGUCUCAUAACUAGUACAUCAAACCACGUGGUCGCAGCGAACCGUGUCCUAGCUCCUCUAAGGGUACCCAUUCUUAGUAACAGUGCGACGUCAACUACACUUAGUAAUAAAGAAAAAUUUCCAUAUUUUGCGAGAACGAUUCCACCGAUUAACACGCAAUCGGAUGUCAUCGCGAGGAUUCUGAAAGAAAAGAACUGGGACUCUGCAUCUGUGAUAUACAGCAGUGAUACCAACGGCAAGGCCUUGUUCGAAGAUUUCUUGAUCAGAGCAAGUAAUAUUCAAACAUGUGCAGGUGCUCAAAUAGCUGUUCCGUAUCCCGCCACGUUAGAUCAAGCAAAGGAUGCUAUCAGAUAUAUUGAAAGCAAUUCUAGGUCAAAGGUCAUUGUUCUAAUGUCUAGCGAACCUAGAAUUGUUCUGCAAGCGGCAAAGGAACUGAAUGUCUUGGACAAGUAUAUUUGGAUUGGAACAGACACGUGGGGGAAAAGCGCAGAAAUUGUCAGGGGAAUGGAGGAUGAUCUUUUGGGAUCGAUCACAGUUGAAGUUAGAUCGACUCCAGUUUCAAAGUUCGCCAAAUAUGUGAGCGAGUUAAAAUACAAUCAACGGAAAGGGAUUCCAGACGAUUGGUUUGAAGAGUUUUACCAGAUGUUUCACACGUGUAACCUUCCCUCUGCCAAAAUCAACUUCCCACAAUAUCCCGAUUGUACAACCAAUGAAGACAUAGACUUUACCCAAGUUAAUUUUCAACCUUUUGUUCUCAAUACCAUAGCAGCCACUUACGCUUAUGCGAAAGCCAUCGAUGCAGUAUCCAACGGUAGAUGCACUUUACAGACGUCGUUCGAAGAAUGCUUUAAAAACCAGGAAUCAUGGAAUGAACUCUUUAACAACAUUCUAAAUGUGGACUGGGACAUGACAAGCAGUUUAAGUCUCAGUCAAUCUUUCACUUUGCGGUUUAACAGCGACCGUUUCUGGGACAUUGGUUAUAAUAUCAACACUUUAUCUAAGUCAAAUGGAAAUCCUGAAUAUAUAAAUAUUGGCAGUUUGAUCAACGCAGUCCUCCAAUUCUCGGCUAACUAUGACAACAACAAAGGUAACAAUUGGUCGCCUUGUCGAAGCACUGCAGUCUGUGAUUGUUCAGCCCCUGUAGUGAGUGCCCUCGCAAGCAACGAUACUAUAAGACGCAUCAGAGCAGCCGAACCAAGAAAUUAUCUUUUCUACAACGUCAUGAAUACUACAAUAAAUAACAAGUUUAUUCCCGUAUACGAUUUAACUUACAAGUGGCCAGUAUGGGCUAUUGCUGUGGCGGUCCCUACGUGUGUCGGCUUAUUCAUCACGAUUUUCCUAUUCCUGUAUCUUCUGAUUUUCUACGAGAUUAAAGGAGGUACAACCAUUCUUGGAUUCAUGGUGAUGCUUGGAAUUUUGGGUAUCUAUGCGAUAAACUUUGCCUUCUUCCUUCCGGCUGCAGCAGACACUUGCGGUGCUAGACAGUUCUGUUUAGGAGUAGUGUAUGCUAUCGUAUUUGCAGCUCUUCUUGUAAAAGCUAUUGAUAAUUGGCGAUUUGGUGAACAUUUUGAAUAUUUCAAUCAACAGCAGAUAAAUGAAAAGUACAAAGGUAUUACGAAUAGAGGAGUACUACUCUUAAUCGCUGUUGCAAUCGUCUGCGUACAACUUAUCAUACCUAUACAAUGGCUGGUGUAUCGUCACCCCUCCGCAAGUUUAAUGUCUGAAGCGACGGAGAUCCACGACUGGAUGAUGUGUGAUCCGCAUGAUAUGUACGACAGAUCUUUAUUGAUGUCCAUGAUUUUUGUCAUGUUUAUCGUGCUGCUGACUGGCAUAUUCUCUGCAUUAUCCUGGGACAAUGAAAACAACAACUACGAAUCUCGCUGGAUUCUGGUCUGCAGUGUUUGCACGGCAGGCUGCUUCAUGGUGUGGAUGAUUGUCAUUACAAAUGCCACGCCACCCUAUCGUGACGGUGCAGUAGCGCUGGGUAACUUGUUCAAUGCCACUGCUAUUCUGAUUUUCACAAUCAUUCGUAAAGUUGUACUGAUGCUAUGGCCACGUGAUCCAGAGGAAAUUGAAGAAGAGAAACCUGGGUCUAUCAUUGAUGAAAGAGCAAAUGACCUGUAUUCCACGGUGUACUCAAAUCCAGGAUAUGACAAUGAUGACGCAGUCUUCCAGCCUUAUUCACCUAGACAAAGUGAAUUGGACAAUGGGGACGUGGGGUUCUGAUUGGACGCAUAAUUAUCCGUUCAUCAUCAUUGCUAACGGGGCAAUCUGAAGUCUAAAAGACUGGUAAAAUGUCUCUUAAAUACUACGAAUUCUGAGGAAAGGAAGUAAAUUUGCUUAUACAGUGGAAACCUUCGUUUCUACUUUGUUAUGGAUAGAACUUUAUUGCCUUUAGCUCUCUAUUCACAAAAUAUUUAAAUUAAGGAUGUUUCAAAAAUCAAGUUUUGCUUCUGUAAGUGAGAGGCUUGCACUUGCAAAAACUGUACGUUUCCUAGAUAUAACAUUAUGUAAUUUUGGAUUUGUAUCUUGCCAUGUUACUCAGUAGAAUAGACAAACUGUGAAAUCUCAGAUCAACGACCUUGAAAAAUUUGUUGAAUGCUUCUUGAAAGAGAUGCGCAUUUUUGUAUAUGGAUGUCUGAGUUGAGUGUGAAGUUGAAUGAAUGGUAAAAUGUUGGAUAUGCGUGAAAAUUUCAAAUCCAAUAUUUCUAUAUGCAAAUGCUUCUUAUAGGCAAUACUUUGUAUGAUGUUACAGAGUGCUUCAGACAGUAGUAUUUGAGAGGGUGUUAUUAUAAUUUUGUACCAUUAUAUUAUGUGAUAUUUUUUUUACACAAUAAAUAUAUUUUGUA